AUGUCUUAUUCGUCCAUUAAACUGAACCGUGAAAGCGAAGACCAAUCACUAAGUGCUUCGCAGCCUCAACAUGAGACUGGUGAAAGGCUUGUUAGAUUGGAGAUUGAGUCUUCAUCUACAUCAUCUGUUCCUAUUUCACUUCCUUAUGCAUAUAUAAUGGGUAAUUCUAGUUCUUUCGACACUGUGAACAUGUUGAUGACUAAUAAUGAAACUCCAAGAUACUCAAACACUUCUCGUUUCAAGGAUCAAUCGCCGACGCCUCAAACAGAAACUACGAAAGAGGCUUUCAAUCAAGUGCCAAAGAGAUUUUCACACUUCAUCGAUGAUCAGAGAAGUCCAACUUUGUUUGCUGAAUGGGAUGAUUUAACAAUCGAUUCAUCCAUCAAAAGCAACACAAGUACAAACGAGCUAUAUCCUGGGUCUUCGAAGGAGCGGUCGACGCCAAGAAGUUGGGAAGCAAGGUCAAAGUCACCAUCAGAUCUUUUAUCGAGGGAUCUCUCAAAGUCAAUGAGUUCUCAAGCUACUAUUUUCUCAACAAGACCUGACAGCCCGUCGAGGGGUGACCUAAAAAGAAAAAAAGGUAAAACAGCUGUAUCUUUGUACAGUAAAGAGAGCCGUGGUUCAGAAUUAUCAAGAAAGAGUGCAAUACGCUUUAAGCAAGGAAGUUGGUUGUAUAGACUAAGGAUCCGUUUGCGAAAAUUGUUUAAAAAAUUCAGGGCUUUCAGAUUUAACAACUUUAAAGCUUCAAGUAAAAAAUCUUCAAUCGCUCCUAUCGCUACUCGAAGAAGAAACUCAGUGUUACGAAAGGCAAGUAGUAAUACUAGAGAGGGGCCAAAUAAGAGGUCAGUGAAUCAAAUAGUUCGGUCAAAAUCUAUGUCGUCAAAAAUUCAGACGGGCCAAGAUCUGGUUAAAAAAGGAAGCUCAGGAAUAUCUUUCAAUACAAAAUUGCCUGAUAAUAAACAGUACAUCAUAGAAGGAUCUAACUCUUUCAGCAACGAGAAUUCAAGAAAUGGUGAGGAAAUAGAUAGAGACGACGAAACGGGAUCGAUUCCACCUCCCCCUCCUCCUCAUUUAGUUUAUGACAAAUUGGGUAGUCCUGAUAGAGACAACAACGAUGUGGUUGACCUUUGGAGAAAUUACCUAAGUUACGUAGUUUGCAAAAGAAUCCAAUUGAGACAAGAGAUUUACAUCUUUCAACAACUUGCGGAAAAGCGAGGACCAUUAGUGUUUGGAACACCCAAGGGUACUAUUCUGCAACAUAAUUUAAAUAAUGCAUCAGCAUUAUCAGCUAGUGAAGACUCAAACAGUGACAAUAGUAAUGAACCGCUGGAUAUUGAUGACUGUGAAACAAGGAGCACUUCUACAGCACUUACUGAAACAGACAACGAAAGAGUUGAUGAAUUUGUAGAUCCCCCGGCUGAGGAAUUCACCAAAAGUUAUAUAAAUAGAAGAUCGGUGUUGGGCGAUAUGCUAGACUAUGAUUCGGACAUGGAAACAUCUAGUCACUACCUGUCCUCAUCGUCGAAGGAAGCAGAUAUGUCUUAUUCAAAAUCUGUGACUCCCCGAAGUUCUAUCCAUAGGGAGUUUGAGAGAUAUGGAACUUUGUCAAAGAGGAACGGUAGAAUAUUAGGAUUAGCAUGA